UUUCUUUCUCUUAGUUUAAGUAACUUUGUAGUUUGCUAUUACCACUACGGGCACGUUGUUGCUAUUGUGCGGAGUUUUUGUUUUAUUGUUGUGAAAUUAUUUCUGUUCCUUUAAAAGCUUUUUAUUUUCAAUAAUUUCACAAGUUUUUGUGUAAAAUUAUAGUUAUUAUUUAUUAAUUAAUCAAAAAAAAAAAACAGCAAACUUACAACAUGGAUGAGGAUUCCCAGCGUUUAAUAGACGAUUGUUUUUUACGACCCGUAACCGAUGCUAGAGCAACCAAUAAACCCGUCCAGGUGGCGGCCCCUAAGGUGGCUUUAAAAACCGAAAUGCAAGUUUUGCGUUUAAGUGAUGAAUCCCAGAAAAUGUGCAUGGAAACCUUGAAAUCUAUACAUGGUGAUGAUUUUCGCUUAGACGAUGCCAGCAAGUAUAAGGAUCGUGGUGGGAGAAUGAAAAAAUCCUAUUGGGAAGAUCGUGGCACUUUAAUAGUGCAGUCAGUAACGAAUUUUUCCUCCCUUAAGACACCGACAGCAGAUGGUUCACAAACUAUGGAACAGCCGGAACAACGUUUAAGACGUUAUGCUUUAUUAAAGCUGGAAAAUUAUGGUUUUGCUUUAACGCACUGUAUCGAAGCCUAUGAUCAUUGUGAGGGUGAUACUGACAAAGCUUUGCUGCUGUUGUUUCGCAAAUAUAUGCGCCUGCCCGAAGAUGAAAGCUGUAAUGUUUCACAGUCUUUGCCGCAUGAUAUAAGCGAACAGGAAUUAUUGGAUAUGCGACAAGAUGAGAAGGAGGCUUUAGAAUCUAUUUAUGACAAACUUUUUGAGGAAAAGGAAAAGAACAGUGUAUGGAGUUUAAAAUUCAAAAUAGAUCAUUUACUGUUGCAUAGUCCUUCGGAAGUGCGUAAAGCUAGAGAAGCUGCCUUAAAAGCCGAGCAAGAAGCCAAAGCUAAAGCAAACUUUAAGAAACCCAAAGAACCGCCCAGAUGCCGUAACUUUGAUAAGGAUGGUACCUGUAAAUUUGGCAAUAAAUGCCGUUUUGCCCACAUAAGACCCGAACCGGAAAUUGUCAAUGAGGAUAAAACAACGAAAAAAGAAAAACUGCAAGAAAAUGAUGAUAAUUGUUUUUAUUUGGAAAUAAGAUUUCCACCACAAACCAAAUAUCCCUAUGAGGCUCCCUAUAUCUAUUUGAAAACCACUUGUCACGACAUUCCCACCGAGGUAAGACUGCGAAUAGCUAGGAAAUUAUAUAAAGAAGCUAAAGAGUCAUGUGCCGAUGGUAUACCUUGUGUUUUUAGCAUAUCGGAACUCUUGCAAAUGGAUGAAAGUUUGUCCAAUAGUAUAGAUUUACAUAGUGAUCAUUUUCCUUCGCCCGACAAGUCUUUAUUCUAUGUGGAAGAUCCCACAGAGGAAAAAGAUAAUAUCAGGGAUUUAGCUCCUUUACCUACACACUAUGAAAAGGGUUUAACCUCCCGGGGAGAUAAUUUUAAAAAGGAUUUAGAUUCUUUAGAGAAAGAAGAUCGUUUAUUGCUCAAAAAGUUUAUGGAAAAACGUAAAGAUGAACGCUAUAAGAAAAUGAUGUGUUCAAGGCAGAACCUACCGGCCUUUUCGAAAAUGUUGGACAUACUUAAUCUGCUAGAAACAUCACAGAUUUUAGUGAUAUCCGGUGAAACGGGUUGUGGCAAAUCUACUCAGGUACCACAAUUUAUUUUAGACAAUUGGUUUUUCAAAGCCUCCCAACUAGACAACUCACAAAAAAUGCCUCAUGUUGAGGUAAUAUGCACACAACCUAGAAGACUCUCGGCCAUAGGUGUGGCAGAAAGAGUGGCUGAUGAAAGAGCCGAAAGAAUAGGUCAAACGGUGGGUUAUCAAAUACGUCUAGAGAAUAAGAUAUCUUCAGCUACACGUCUUACAUUCUGUACCACUGGUAUCUUACUAAGACGUUUGGCCUCUGAACCUUUACUCGAUUCGGUGACACACAUUAUAGUGGACGAAGUGCAUGAAAGAAGUGAAGAAUCGGACUUUUUACUCAUGAUAUUAAAACGCAUUUUACCUUUAAGACCCGAUCUUAAAGUUAUACUCAUGUCUGCCACUCUAAAUGCCAAAUUAUUCUCCGAUUAUUUUGGUCAAAUACCAGUAUUAGAUAUACCCGGUCGUACCUUCCCCGUAGAACAGCUAUUUCUAGAAGAUAUUCUAGAACGUAGUGAUUUUGUUAUGGAAUGUGAUUCACAAUACAGUCGUAAGGUGAAUAAGAAAGAGGAGGAUGAACUAAUGCGUGAAAUGGAAUAUGCGGAUAUUAAAGCGGAAAAUAUCGCUCCACCCACUAAGAUUAAAGAUGAAAAGUUAAACUUAUCUGCCAUGUAUGCUAGAUACAGUGAUUAUUCCAAGAAAACUUGUAAAUCGAUUUAUCUUAUGGAACCCAUGAAAGUUAAUCCAGAACUAAUAGAAUCUGUAUUGAAAUAUGUGGUUGAGGGUGAACAUGAUUGGCCACGUGAGGGUACGAUUUUGAUAUUUUUACCUGGUCUACAGGAAAUUCAAAGUGUUCAUGAGGCUUUGUGUGAUAGUUCAAUGUUUGGACCAAGAUCUAACAACUAUAUCCUGGUACCACUACAUUCCACUCUCUCUAGCGAAGAACAAGCCGCUGUCUUCCGUCCUGCCCCCAAGGGUAAAAGAAAAAUUGUUCUCAGCACAAAUAUAGCCGAAACUUCAGUGACCAUAGACGACUGUGUCUUUGUCAUCGACUAUGGUCUAAUGAAAGAGAAACGUUUCGAUUCGAAUCGUAAUAUGGAAUCCCUAGAACUUGUUUAUGUCUCACGUGCCAAUGCUAAUCAACGUAAGGGACGCGCUGGACGUGUUAUGCCUGGUGUUUGUAUACAUCUCUAUACACAGCAUCGUUUUAAAUAUAAUUUCUUGGCACAACCGGUGCCCGAGAUACAUAGGGUGCCUUUGGAACAGUUGGUUUUACGCAUUAAAACUUUACCCAACUUUGAGGGUUUAAAUGUGGUAGAGGUAUUGGGUCAGACUUUAGAGCCACCCACCGAGGAGAAUAUUAUGGCGGCUGUAACACGUUUACAGGAUGUGGGUGCCUUAGAUGAAGAGCAGCAAUUAACGCCAUUAGGACAUCAUUUGUCAGCCCUACCGGUAGAUGUGCGAAUAGGCAAGCUAAUGUUGUUUGGAGCUAUUUUCCAAUGUUUAGAUAGUAUUUUAACUAUAGCCGCCUGUUUGUCACACAAAUCACCUUUUGUUAGUCCUUUCAAUAAAAGAGCCGAAGCGGAAAGACGUAAGAGAGAGUAUGCUUUAUGUAACAGUGAUCAUUUAACUUGUUUGUUGGCUUAUAAGAAAUGGUUAGAGGUUUCCAAACGCAACUUUUUUGCCAGUCGCAAUUAUGCCGAUGAGCAUUUCCUGUCAUUGAAGACUUUACAAACUAUAUCAGAAGUAAAAUAUCAAUUUCUAGAGCUAUUAGUUUCCAUUGGUUUUGUUCCCAUUAAUGUGCCUAGAAAACGUAAAAAUGCCCAUGACAAUAUAUUGGAAUUAACGGGUUCUGAUCUCAAUAUCAAUGGUGACAAUAAUCGUUUACUUAUAUCUCUACUCUGUGCUUCGCUCUAUCCGAAUAUAGUGAAAAUCUUAACGCCUGAACGUAGUUAUAUACAAACUGCCGGUGGUGCUAUGCCCAAAAUGGCUACAGCCAAAGAUUUACGCUUUAAAACGAGAGAGGAUGGUUAUGUGGCCAUUCAUCCGUCCUCGGUUAACUCAGAUGUGGGCAAUUUCCAGUCUCCUUUCUUAGUGUAUCAGGAAAAAGUGAAAACAUCACGUAUCUUUAUACGUGAAUGCAGUAUGUUGCCUUUGGUUCCUUUAGUGUUAUUUGCAGGAUCCGAUUUAAAGAUAGAAUUACAUGAUGGUGAUUUUCUAUUUCUUUUGGAAGAUGGUUGGAUUAUUAUAAAAGCACAUAAUCAUGAAACUGCCGAAAUGAUACAAUGUUUGCGUAAUGAACUGUUAAAACUGUUGGAGGAGAAGAUACGUGAUCCUUGUUUGAAUCUAUUGAAUCAUGAAAAUGGUCGCAAAAUUAUAAAAAAUAUUGUUUAUUUAAUUGGUAAUAAUAAUUGAAAAAAACGGGGACUAAUAUUUUCAUUAAUUCAUUAAUUAUAUAUAACUUUGAGAUUUUGUAGUUAAAAAGCUUUA